AUAAGAGCUGGGUAGUUCCUGCUAUUGUGCAAAUAGGAUAGAGCUUUGAGAAUCUUUGCUGUUACAUGAACCAGAUUGCAAUGACCUGCAUAAAGACCUGAUGUAAGCUGUGUGGAGAGGUGAGCACAGCAGGAGACUGAGCAUGGUAAAUAGUAACAGUCUUUACUUCUGCAUCUGGAAUAAAAUAUACUGAUAGUGUUUAUUAGCUCCUUUCUCACACAGCCAUAAUAAUUAUGAUUCAUCACAUUAAGUAGUGAUGGACUCAGUCCUCUGAUAAAGGGCUGUUGGUUUACUAUCAGUAAUACAAGUCAAUUUGUUCACGUCAGACAUUGCCAUAUGUAAAGUGAAAGAAUAGCAGCAAUCUACCUUUUAUUUCAGACAAUGUUCCAAAUCCAAAUCACAAUACUGUUACUGGAAACACAGCUCUCCAUGGUUUCAGCUUUGUUUACAGUUGAAGUUCCUCAACAGCUCUACACUGCAGAGUAUGGGAGCAACGUGACCAUGGAAUGCAGAUUCCCUGUGAAUGGCUCAGUGGAUCUAGGACUCCUGUCUGUUUUUUGGGAACAGAAAAGGCAGGGCUCAUCAAAAUCAAAAGAGGUAUAUACAUUCCGCAAUGGGAAGGCACUCCAUCCAUCUCAACAUCCUGAUUACAUAGGAAGAGCAUCACUUCUGCACAAUGAACUGAUGCUGGGACGAGCCAUCAUCCAGAUCACCAAUGUUAAGAUUACAGAUGCAGGAUCAUACCUUUGUCUCAUUGACUACCAGGGUGUGGACUACAAGUACAUUGCUUUGGAAGUAAGAGCAUCUUACAAGAGAAUAAACACUCAAGUAAUGAGAAUACCGAGUGAAGACAAAUUUGUUUUCAUGUGCCAGUCAAAAGGCUUUCCUCUGGCAGAGAUUUUCUGGCAAAAUGAGAACUUCAAUCUCAGUGGAUCUGCAAAUACCACCCAUACACUGACUGCAGAUGGCCUCUACAAUGUCACCAGCAUCCUGACAUUCAAACCAAACACGAGUGAGAACUACACAUGUGUCUUCUGGAAUAAAGAACUGAAUGAAGAAACUUCAGCUCACUUUUCCACUUUAGCUUUAAUGAGUACACAGUAUAGUGGACAAAAAUUCCUGAUCUCUUUAAUCGCCCCCGCAUGUGUGACUGUAGCUGUCCUUCUCUCUGCACUAAUAAUAUUUCAGAAGAGAAAAUCAUUCAAGAAUGAGCAACCCAAAAAAGACAGGAAAAGAAAACUGAACCCUAAUGCAAAGGAUGAGAACAGUGAUGAUUUUAACUCUCAGACUGAGGCUCUAUACUUGUCAACUGUCACAACUUCAAGAGACAGUGGAAGUGUGGAUCCGUGAAAAUUCUUCAUAUUACAUGUCAUAAUUUGCACUUUUUCUAUCAGUUUUUGGGGACUUCAAAAGAAAAUUACAGCACUUUAGCCUUAGGAUAAACAGUGAGUUCAUGGGGAUGUAUUUGCACUGCAGCAAUGGAAAGCUAUGCCUCCUCAGAUACCAUAUCUUCUUGAAGUUACUGAGAACUAUGCUGUCACAAAAUGUGGUUUACCACUGUAAAGAGGUCAACUGAGUGCCUUUGAUAAACUUUACUUUUGGACUUACUGUUGCUCAAGGGAUUUUUGUUUAAGAAUACCUUUAUCAACUGUUCCAGUCUCAGGAAUGGUGCUUGGAGUAAAAAAUCUUGUGGAAUUUGAAUAAAAGCUUAAACGCUAUCUUAUGUCAAUUAUCUUUCUGGUGGAAACAUCAUUACAAGCCCAUAUCCCAUUUCCAAAUUUUAUAACACAUUAAACUGGAUAUUACCACAAGUACCAACUUGCAUCAUUGUAUCCACUUGUAUAACUUGUAUCAUUGCAAUAUCUAGAAGCUAUUUCAUAUCACAAGAGCAAUAAGAGGUUGAAAUUAAAUCAAAGUACAGACAAAAAAAAAAAAAAAA